AAGUGCUGGGAUUAUAGGCAUGAGCCACCACACCUGGCUUCACCUAAGCCAAUUCUUUGCAAUAAAUCACUUAAUAUAGAUCUCCUACUGGCUCUGCAUCUUUGGUGGAACCUUGAUUAAUAGUGCAGAGUUAGACCCACAGUAUCGUCAUUAUUCGCUAAAUGCAUAAUAUAUGUACCGAGCUGAGCUUUUGUGCCUGGCUUUGUGCAAGGUUCAAGGGAAACAGUGCAGAACAAGACAGGCAGAUUCUUUCCCUCUUGUGUUGAUAGCCUGAUUGAGAUGUCGGACUUGGCCUGCAGAAAGGACACUGGGUGAUUGUGGGCAGAGGGACUGAGAUAAUGGCUGCUGCUGCUGCUGCAGCUGCAACGGCGCACAUUGGUUCUCUGGGCUGGCGGCUGGGUUUCUGAGGCUCUCCCCGAGGGCUGAGUAUGACUGGAAGCUGAGACACUGUGACCGGGAUAGAGAUUGGCUGACAAAGACUGUGACCGAGCGCCUGACUGGCUACUACUGGAUAGCCAUGGCCUUGGCAGUGCUUUAGUGACCAUGACUGCUUGAGCCCAAAGUAAGAUGUCUGGUGGCUGUGUUUCUGGAUGGGGAUAUAAAAUGCAUAGGUUUGUCAAAGUUGUUCAAAAUUCAGAAGCUAAAACGAGACACUAAUAGCAAAAGGCAACAUUGGAUCCGGCGGAACCUGCAAGCACGGGCUAUUCUUCCCGGGACCCAGGGCUCCGCCGGACCGCUCUCUCCGUUACUCCAGUCAGGCGCCAAACAGGAGAACUUCCGGUGCAUUUCCGCGGUACCGGAACGCGGGGCGAGGAGGAAUACAGCAGGACUCAAGUCUCGUGACUGUGACGGGCCUCAAUCAAACAUGAAAAACUGCAGUGGUGAUAAUUGAAACGGAAGGGUACAAGGCACCCCAGAGUGUGUUACAGGAGACCUGACUUAACCCCGGGUCAAGGAACCUUUACUGAGGAGGUGAAUAGUGAGCUGUUCUGGAAGACUAAAGAAAAAUAGUUCUUUUGGUCACCCACCACUGGCCCCAUGGCUGCCAUGCAAAUGGAUCCUGAGCUAGCCAAGCGCCUCUUCUUUGAAGGGGCCACUGUGGUCAUCCUAAACAUGCCCAAAGGAACAGAGUUUGGGAUUGACUAUAACUCCUGGGAGGUGGGACCCAAGUUCCGGGGCGUGAAGAUGAUCCCUCCAGGCAUUCACUUCCUCCACUAUAGCUCUGUGGACAAGGCUAAUCCCAAGGAAGUAGGCCCUCGGAUGGGUUUCUUCCUUAGCCUGCAGCAGCGGGGGCUGACAGUGCUGCGCUGGAGCACAAUCAGGGAAGAGGUAGACCUCUCCCCAGCCCCCGAGUCUGAGGUAGAAGCCAUGAGGGCCAACCUUCAGGAGCUGGACCAGUUCCUGGGGCCUUAUCCAUAUGCCACUCUGAAGAAGUGGAUCUCACUCACCAACUUCAUCAGCGAAGCUACAAUGGAGAAGCUACAGCCUGAGAACCGGCAGAUCUGCGCCUUCUCUGAUGUGCUACCUGUGCUCUCGAUGAAGCACACCAAGGACCGGGUGGGGCACAAUCUACCCAGCUGGGGCACUGAAUGCAAAAGCUACCAAGAGGGCCUGGCGCGACUACCUGAGAUGAAGCCCAGAGCUGGGACAGAGAUCCGCUUCUCAGAGCUGCCCACACAGAUGUUCCCAGCAGGUGCCACGCCAGCCGAGAUAACCAAGCACAGCAUGGACCUGAGCUAUGCCCUGGAGACUGUCCUCAACAAGCAGUUCCCAAGCAGCCCCCAGGAUGUGCUUGGUGAACUCCAGUUUGCUUUUGUGUGCUUCCUGCUGGGGAAUGUGUAUGAGGCAUUUGAGCAUUGGAAGCGGCUCCUGAACCUCCUGUGCCGGUCAGAAGCAGCCAUGGUGAAGCACCACGCCCUCUACAUCAACCUCAUCUCCAUCCUGUACCACCAGCUUGGUGAGAUCCCCGCUGACUUCUUUGUAGACAUCGUCUCCCAGGACAACUUCCUCACCAGCACCUUACAGGUUUUCUUUUCCUCUGCCUGCAGCAUUGCCGUGGAUGCCACCCUGAGGAAGAAAGCCGAAAAGUUCCAAGCUCACCUGACCAAGAAGUUCCGGUGGGACUUUGCUGCGGAGCCUGAGGACUGUGCCCCGGUGGUGGUGGUGCUCCCUGAGGGCAUCGAGACGGGCUAACUUAGGGAGUGCUCUCAGCUGAGAGGGGCCCCUUCCCCGACAGGGCUGCAGUCCUGGCCUCUCCAUUUACUGCUUCCUAUCCUGGGACCUACCAGGGCUGUGAUCUUUCCAGGUCCUGCAAAGAUGGAGCCAGAAUUCCCAUUUCCACUGAUACAUAUGUUUCUUCAUUGCCAAAGAGGCUGUACCCAUCCUGAAGACACAUGUGUGGGUUCCCUGUCAGUCAGGCCUUGGUGCUAACCUGACUGAAUUUCACACAGGCUCUUACAGAGGCACCUGGGAGAGACCUGCCUACCAAAUUCCCUCUGAAUGGAAGGAAUUGAACGAGAAGUCCAAGAAAUAUCUGGUUGCUUGUUCCAUAGGAGCUUAGAAAACAAGAAACCUUGGAUUGUGCAGGGAGUCUGAGAAGUCAGUUAAAUGGAAGGUGAUGGGGAGAGGAGCCUGAAUUGCUGCCUGCCCCUUGGUGAAUGGGAGCACGUCAAAGAGGACUUGGUCCUGCGGCUCCUCAGGAGCCCUUGUUUGGGAAGAGAGUGUUAAGGGAGGCAGCUGGAUUCAGUCUGGCAGGUGGUUAGCUUCAGCUUUCUCCAUCAAAAUCCCAUUCUCCUGUCCAGAGACCCAGUGGGUUAUCUCCCAAGGUGGGUGUGGCUCUGGCCUCAGGGGCCUUGCUGGUGCUGUCACCUCCCACCUGUUCCAUUCCGAGGCCUCACCCAGAAGUGGGACCCCCCCAUACGUCCCCUCCGUCACCGGAGCCACUAUGACUGUUUCUGAUGACCUGGAGAGUCAGCAACAACCAGGAAGACUUCUGCCCAGAAUAGGCUUCUUAAGGCCCUUAUGAAGUUGUGUGCCUUCCAUGCUGAAGAAAACCUGGUCAGCCUAAAUCUUCCGAGCCCUGCUGUGGAGCUGUCAGUUACCAGAGUAAUGAGCUUCUGGUUCCUCAGGAGUCUUUGGGGCAUGCCCAUCGUGCUGUGUGGCAGGGUUCCUCUCUAGACAAGCAUACAGGCCCUGACAUAAAACUUGUGCUAUGAUCACAGUCCCUGUGCCAUCCUUUUCCAAGGCGGGGGGCUCACACCAGGUUUUUUGAAUGAGAAUCCCUGCUGGUUAAGACUUUUGGUUCCACUUGUUUCCUUGGAGAUGUUUUUCCAAGAACAUAAUGUACAUUAAAGUCUUCAAGUUGAGACA